AGGCUUCAGGCUAAGUGGACAGAAGAGAGAGGAGAGAGUGUAUGACAAGAAAGCACGUGAUCGUCGGCAAUCAGCCAACAAAUAGGAGUACCUCGAGCAAUGGGAGGCAUCUACAUCCGAGACUCAUUCCAGGGGCAAUAAGAUCGGAUUUCGGGCACAGAUCAUGAAAGAGCUGGGUGAAAAAUAGUUCUCUAAAUCUUUGUAAAAUAGGAGGUUUGCAAGAUCGGUGAUGGUGACCAUGGCUAUGCACAGCUUAUACUCUGAAAUGUUGCUGGUUCUGCUCAUCGUCUUCUCAUCUGUUGCUGGCAGCUUAGGAGGGGCAUUUGUGGGUGUUAACAUAGGGACAGCGGUGAGAGACAUGCCAUCGGCAACACAGGUGGUGGCUCUCCUGAAAACACAACAGAUAAAGCAUGUAAAGCUGUAUGAUGCUGAUCGAGGAAUGUUGACAGCACUAGCGAGAACGGGCAUAGAGGUGGUGGUAACAGUGCCCAAUAACCAGUUGUUGGGCAUAGGGCAGUCAAACUCUACGGCAGCCAAUUGGGUGAACAAAAAUGUUGCAGCCUAUGUUCCAGAGACCAACAUCACAGGCAUCUGUGUGGGCAGUGAGGUGCUGAGCACUCUUCCCAAUGCUGCCCUGGUUUUGGUGUCGGCCAUGAAGUUUGUUCACUCUGCUCUGGUGGCUGCUAAUUUAGAUGGGCAGGUGAAGGUCUCGUCUCCCCUGGCCUCUGAUAUAAUCCUUGACUCCUUCCCGCCCUCUCAGGCCUUCUUCAAUGCUACCUGGAAAUCGGUGUUGGUACCCAUGUUGGAUUUCUUGAGGCGGACAGAUUCCUACUUGAUGCUGAAUGUUUACCCCUAUUAUGUGUACAUGGAAGGGAAUGGAGUGGUGGGAUUGGACUAUGCCCUGUUCCGGCCCCUGCCUCCUAACAAGGAGGCGGUGGACUCAAACACCAUGCUUCACUACACCAAUGUCUUUGAUGCCAUGGUGGAUUCUGCCUUCUUUGCAAUGGCCGACCUCAACUUCACUAACAUCCCUGUGGUGGUGGGCGAGACGGGAUGGCCCUCCAAGGGGGACCCUAAUGAGCCCGCUGCUACCACUGACAACGCUAAUUCUUAUAACAGCAAUCUUGUCCGCCAUGUCCUCAACAACACUGGCACUCCCAAGCAUCCUGGCAUCCCUAUCAACACAUACAUCUAUGAACUGCUCAAUGAAGAUGAGAAACCUGGUGCCACCUCGGAGCAGAACUGGGGACUGUUCAAUCCUGAGAAUUUAUCUCCAGUUUAUACUAUGCAUUUAACAGGUUCAGGCGUGGUGCUUGCCAAUGACACCACAAAUCAGACCUACUGCAUAGCAAUGGAUGGGGUGGACGCCAAGCUUCUCCAAGCUGCAUUGGAUUGGGCAUGUGGUCCAGGCCAAGCUGAUUGCACCGCUAUUAACCAGGAUCAACUCUGCUAUGAACCUGAUACCGUUCAAGAGCAUGCUUCUUAUGCAUUUGAUGCCUACUACCACAAAAUGGGCAUGGCAUCUGGAUCUUGUGACUUCAAAGGGAUGGCUACAGUAACUACAACGGAUCCAAGUCAUGAUUCCUGUAUAUUUCCAGGAAGAGCUACUGCAAAUGGAACUUUUGCGAAUGGUACCACAUCACCAGCGUUCUCCAAUUCCACCGCUAACAGCAGUCCACAGCUUCUUCUUCCACAAGUUCAAUCUCUCUUCGUUGCUGUUAUGCUUUAUAAUGCUUUAUUUUUGUGGUGAAAGAAAUUUUUCCUUGUAGAGAAAAUGAGUACUUCUGUUGGGUGACCAGAAGAGCAGAGAAGAUCAGCUAAAAUUGAACAACAUACCUAUUUCUUCACCAAGUGAGUGUAGAUUGCACUGAUUCAACAUACAUACAUACUCUUGUCUGCAGCUUUGAAUUCAGAAGAGUUGCUGAUUUUGUUACCAGUUUUGUAUGCAGCAUUUUUUUCCAAACCCUCAUAUAUCUAGGGUAAUGGACAGUGUUUGGUUGGAAAUUCGGCCAUAAUUAAAUGAAAUCUUUGAAUUCUUGAUUCU